AAAAAUCUCACCUUCCCUUCCCCUAUCAACAAAUAAAACUUGUGCCAUACACUCCCACUCUUCCCAGUACACCAAAGCAAUACAACAAUAAUCUUUCCAAAAAAAAUAUAUUUAUAUUAUAAUUAAAAUUACUCCUAUAAUCUAAAAAAAGCUACAAACAGUGAAGCAAGGGAAGAGAGAUUCCAUUUAUUAAAAAAAAAAAAAAAGGAAGAGAGAUUCCAUUCCCAAAACAACUUCUUUUCUCUAAAACCAACCAAAAAAAGUUUUCAUCUCAUUUUGUGUGUUCUUUUACUCUUUUUUCCCAAAACAAAACAAAAUUAUUAAAUUUUGAGAUCUGGGUAUAGCAUUUUAUUGUUUACCCAGAUGAAAUUUGUCAAAAAAACCCACAAAAUUGACGAAAAUGGUGGUAUUUCCAUCGCCGGGGAAUGCUCUUCCGGUGAAAACACCGGCGGGAAGACGGUUAUUGUUGGGAUAAGAUUAGACCAAGAAAGUAAACAACUUCUAACAUGGGCUUUAAUGAAAAUUGCUCAUCCUGGAGACCGUCUUCUUGCUCUUCAUGUUCUUCAUCACUCUUCUACUGCAGAUGUUGAACAAUCUACGCUUCUUUCUUUGGUGAAGACAUUUGAUUCUACUCUUGCUGUUUACGAAGGCUUUUGUCAUUUGAAGCAGGUGGAUUUGAAGUUGAAGGUGUGUAGGGGAUCAUCUUUAAGGAAAAUUUUAGUUCGAGAAGCUAAGGCAUAUGAAAGUGCUACGCUUAUUCUAGGAACUUGUAAAGCGCAACACAUGAUUCGAUCUCCAACUUCAGUAGCUAAGUAUUGUGCGCGGAAAUUGCCAAAUAGCUUCUCGGUUUUUGCUGUAGAUAACGGAAAAAUUGUUUACCGUAAAGAACCUGGAAACUGUAAGCUCUCUCGUUUGGGUUCAGGAUCAAAAGUCGACAAUGUAGAAUUGGAUGGAAAUGGGAAUGUUUCCAAUAGUUCAGUAGAACCUGGUCAUGAAAUUUGUGAAGCUUUUGCGAAACAUUAUUCCGUGGCUAGAAGAAGUACCUUGAUAAAAAGAUACUUCGGCUGUGGUCCCAUCUCGACUUGGGCUGAUUACCCUUGUGAUGAAAUGCCAGAGGAGUCUGGUGCUAACGAGAGAAAGGAUGGAUCUUUAGCUUUGGUUCCGUAUCAAGCACCUGAUGCCUCGUCAGUUCCAGAGUCGUCUGUGAAUCAAGAGGCACAUGGGUUGAAACCCGGUUGGCCGUUAGUUCGACGAGUGUUCUUACCAAAGCAUCAUGAGCCCGAUAAGGUUCUAAGCCGGAAAACUUCCAUGGUUCGCCGGGUAUUUAAAAUUCCUGGGAGACAUUCUUCUAUGGCUGUGCACCCUGAUAGAAAAAGACGUGAGUCUGAUCAUAUGGAUGAGCAUUUGUCUGAUUCGGUUGCGGAGAGUCGGGCUAUUGUUCCAUUCGAUGUUCCUCCCUCCCCUUUUGACGGGAUGAAUUAUCUGACAAAAGAACUAGAAGGAUUUCAUGAAAAAUAUUCAUCCACUUAUAGAUUAUUUGCAUACCAAGAACUUUUGUCGGCUACUUCAAAUUUUGCUCCUGAGAAAAUGAUCGGAAAAGGGGGUAGUAGCCAGGUUUACCGAGGGUGUCUUCCUGAUGGGAAGGAGCUGGCCGUAAAAAUACUAAAGCCAUCAGAGGUUGCACUGCAGGAGUUCAUUGCUGAAGUUGAGAUCGUUACAACUAUCAAUCACAAGAAUAUCAUAUCCUUGUAUGGAUUUUGCUUCGAGGAAGAGAGUCUAAUCCUGGUCUAUGAUUUCUUUUCACGAGGAAGUUUAGAAGACAAUCUUCAUGGCAGUGAGACUAGUGCAGGCGCAUUUGGCUGGGUAGAAAGAUAUAGGGUGGCGACGGAGGUAGCAGAGGCAUUGGACUAUCUACACAACAGAGACUCGCAGCCUGUGAUUCAUCGGGAUGUCAAAUCUUCCAAUAUUCUCCUCUCCGAGGAAUUUGAACCCCAACUUGCAGAUUUUGGACUUGCCACUUGGUCUUCGAGUGCAUCUUCUUUCUUGGUUUCCUCAGACGUUGCAGGAACCUUUGGAUACCUGGCCCCCGAGUACUUCAUGCAUGGGAAAGUGACUGACAAAUUGGAUGUGUAUUCGUUCGGUGUUGUACUUCUUGAGCUUCUUUCAGGAAGAAAGCCAAUAGAUAGUGGAAAUCCGAAAGGCGAGGAGAGCCUUGUCAUUUGGGCAACCUCAAUAUUAAAAGAUGAGAAGCUGUCUCAAUUGUUAGAUCCUAGGUUAGGCAGCAACUAUGACCAUGAUCAAAUUGAAAGAAUGGUAUUGGCUGCCACCCUUUGCAUCAGACGUGAACCUCAAACGCGACCUCGUAUUGGCAAUGUUUUGAAGCUACUCCAAGGUGACGAUGAAGUAAUAACGUGGGCAAAGCAGCAAGUGAAUAGCUACCCUGUGGAUUUUGAUGUUUUUGAAGGCGAGACACCACGCUCUGAUAUUCAAUCUCAUCUUAAUGUAGCUUUGCUCGAUUUAGUUGAAGACGACAGUGCAUCUAUUAGCAGUAAUGAGCCGAAUAUAUCUCUAGAGGAUUAUCUAAGAGGGAGAUGGAGCCGCUCUUCAAGUUUUGAUUAAAUGUCGAUAUUAGAACACCGUGAUAAAUGACCUUUUCUGUUGGUGUUAAUUCUCUCGUGUAUAGGUGUCGGUUUUGUUUAUAUUCCCAUUUUGAUGUCGUCGACUUUGGUAGAGAGGAUGUAUGCGCAAGUCGGUCUUCCCUCCUCCAAGUCUUGUUGCCUCUUCUAAAAAGUUUUAGUUGUGGACUUGAGCUCAUACUUCAAUAAGUAUAGUUUCAACUUUUAACUUUUAUAUUGGUUAAAUGUAGCAAAUUGGAGGCAAUAAUAAUAGGUCUUUCUGCUGUCGUUGUGA